CCACGAAUACACAUGCCUAAAGAUGGAUUCCAACUUACAUCUUCUGGAUACCAAGCAUGGCUAAAGCAGGGAUUAAGGGAUUUGUCAAUCCUAUUGGAUUCAAAAUUCUGGAUGGAUUCUAAAGCAUGUUGUAUGUACAAGAAAUAACUGCAAAGAAAUAGUUAAAUAAUGCCUUGGAAUAAGGAAGUUUGGGUCCAAUUUUGACUCCAGUGUUGGCUUGCUGGGUGACCUCCAGAAAAGCAAUUAACCUUUGUCCUUCUAUAAAGCCAAAAGCGGUUAUAACAACAAUACAGACACCCUGUUGUUACCACAGAGACCAGUAUAGAAUAAAAAGGAAUUCUUUGUAUGAACACUAGGUGGUUUCCUGAAUGGUGGAGGCCUGCUUGGAAUCAGCUAGAGCAAGGCUUUUCUUGGGGCUUUUUCCCCUUUGUAAUUCCCCUUAGAAAUGUGGAUUACUUCAUCCCUGGCUUAUUUUAAUUCUUCUUGAUUGAAAAAGAGUUAAAAAAAUUAUUUCUACAUUCAGGCCUUCUAUUCUAAAAUGAACUAAAAGGAAUCGUAGAGAGAAUGUUAUAGAGGAAGAAGCAUUUUCUGACUGAUUCAGCAAGGACAGAGGGAACAGAAAAAUCAAGGAGAAGACCAAAGAUUUGUGCCUGUUGAGCUGUUUGGAGGACAUAAGUAACAAGAAAGAAUGAAGUGCAGAGAUAUCGGAAAGAAAUUGCUCUAUGCCCCGGUCUCUUUGGCUGGGCUGCUCCAGCCUGGCGGACAGCAUGCCCUCACUGCGAUGCCUGUAUAAUCCAGGGACUGGCACACUCACAACUUUCCAGACUUCCUCUGAAAGAGAAGAUUGUAAUAAUGAUGAGCCUCCCAGAAAAAUCAUUCCCGAGAAGAAUGCACUCAGGCAGACCUAUAACAGCUGUACCAGACUUUGCUUAAAUCAAGACACAGUCUGCUUAGGUACUACAAUGAAGACUGAAAGCUGUGUGACUAAAACAAAACUUGCCAAUGGUACUUCAAGCAUGAUUGUACCAAAACAAAGAAAGUUGUCUGCAAGCUAUGAAAAAGAAAAGGAGCUCUGUAUCAAGUAUUUUGAGCAGUGGUCAGAGUCUGACCAGGUAGAAUUUGUGGAACAUCUUAUCUCUCAGAUGUGUCAUUAUCAACAUGGGCACAUAAAUUCAUACUUGAAACCUAUGUUGCAGAGGGACUUCAUCACAGCAUUACCAGCUCGAGGCCUGGAUCACAUUGCUGAGAAUAUUCUGUCAUAUUUGGAUGCCAAAUCUUUGUGUUCUGUUGAACUAGUAUGCAAGGAAUGGUACCGGGUGACAUCUGAUGGUAUGCUGUGGAAGAAACUGAUUGAGAGGAUGGUCCGUACAGACUCAUUGUGGAAGGGUUUGGCGGAGCGAAGAGGAUGGGGACAAUAUAUUUUUAGAAACAAACCACCUGAUGGGAUAAUACCACCAAAUUCAUUCUACAGAGCACUUUAUCCCAAAAUUAUACAAGAUAUAGAGACGAUAGAAUCAAACUGGCGUUGUGGAAGGCACAGCUUACAAAGAAUCCACUGCAGGAGUGAAACUAGCAAAGGUGUUUAUUGUUUACAGUAUGAUGACCAGAAAAUAGUGAGUGGUCUACGAGACAAUACUAUCAAGAUCUGGGACAAAAAUACCCUAGAAUGCAAGAGGAUUCUGACUGGACACACUGGGUCAGUCCUUUGUCUCCAGUAUGACGAGCGAGUAAUCAUCACUGGAUCAUCAGAUUCCACUGUCAGAGUGUGGGAUGUAAAUACUGGUGAGAUGCUCAACACGCUGAUCCAUCAUUGUGAAGCAGUACUGCACCUGCGCUUUAAUAAUGGGAUGAUGGUGACAUGUUCUAAAGAUCGUUCCAUUGCUGUGUGGGACAUGGCCUCCCCAACAGAUAUCACUUUACGAAGGGUUCUGGUUGGACACAGAGCAGCCGUCAAUGUGGUAGACUUUGAUGACAAAUACAUCGUGUCAGCAUCAGGGGAUAGAACUAUAAAGGUAUGGAACACAAGUACCUGUGAGUUCGUUCGUACCUUAAAUGGCCACAAGCGAGGCAUUGCAUGUCUACAAUAUAGAGAUAGAUUAGUUGUCAGUGGUUCAUCUGAUAAUACAAUUAGGUUAUGGGACAUUGAGUGUGGGGCCUGUUUGCGGGUUUUGGAAGGCCAUGAGGAACUGGUGAGAUGCAUUCGUUUUGAUAGCAAGAGGAUAGUCAGUGGAGCCUAUGAUGGAAAAAUUAAGGUCUGGGAUUUGUUAGCUGCGCUUGAUCCCCGUGCCCCUGCUGGAACCCUCUGCUUGCGCACUCUUGUGGAACAUUCUGGAAGGGUUUUUCGACUUCAGUUUGAUGAAUUUCAAAUUGUCAGCAGCUCACAUGAUGAUACUAUCCUUCUCUGGGACUUCCUGAAUGAUCCAGCUACGCAAGCAGAAUUGAACCACUCCCCAUCCAGAACAUAUACUUACAUAUCCAGAUAAAUGGCACUAUACUCUAGAUUACAGUUGCACAGACUGAGCUGCAAUACUUAAAUGAUCUGCCAAUCCAAGGGCAAAAGAUUUAUCCUCAAAACAGAUAUUGCUGAAGAGACAGAGGGUCUCAGGCGCUUUUGGAACAAAGUUCUAAUGCAGUUGAUCUCAAACAAGUUCUUCUCAACCCAGCUGACUGCUUGAGUGCUGCUAUAUCAAUGAUUUCUUUUAUCUUUACUGAAUGACUGAUGUGCACACUUUCCCUCGUCACACUGAGUCCCCUCAAUCCCCUGUGCAGACUUCCUAUAAAUAUAUUUAACAUGUCAGAAUUUCUUGCUUUGCUCUUAAGCAGAAAAAUCAUUACCAUCAUUCAUUCAACUGGGAGAUCCCUUUUGAUGUGCAAGCAAAAGAGGAACAGCGGGCUGAUGCCUCUAAUGUUUGAGACUUGUAUAAAUGGUCCCCCUCUUUCACUUUAAGAUGGCCUUGGACUGUAAAGAAUUGCCAGGUGAAUGCCAAAUGAAGGCCCAGGUGGCUGGAAAUUACUAGGUGGUCAUAAUGGGAGUUUAAAACCAUUUCAAUUAAGACCUUUGCAUUUAUUUAUCUGUAUCAAAUGUUAGUCUGGGAGAUGCUCGUAAAUGAAAAUGUAAGUUUUAUUUUGUAAGUCUAAUAUUGCUUAAGUGGAGAGGUUUAUUGAUCAUCAGUUUUCUUGUUUUAAUGGACGCCAUAUUUAAGGAAGGUAGAGUACAAAAAGUUACAGAAACUACAGGGUUGCCUAUAUCUUCCUACUUUUUUCCUACAUCUACAUUAAAUAAAUGCUUGCAAAAAAAAUCUUAUUCUUCCUACAAACCUAGUUGAAUCAUUUAUGAAUGAACCAACAUUUAUGUAUUCUCCCACUUAAUUGGAAAGGAACUAAUAAAAUAAUGGAUGUUAUGACUCAGCUUUUUCAGCUUUUAAGCUGGAAGCCCAUUUUAUGUAGGAAGAGAAAAUAGUGGAAAAGAAAAUUGAAGGGGUUUUAUGCAGAUUUAGAGAUAAAAAUAAACUUGUUCUGUAUUUCUAAGCAAUCCCACGAUAGGGUCAUUAGGCAGCCACCAUCACCAACUGGGGGUAUUGGAAAAUAAGAGCUUAAUUCAGUUGGCAAAGAUAUGUUUUUAAGUUUGAAAUUCCAGAAAACUAAAUGUUUAUGUUGCUAGAGUAGUAAUUGGCCCAGUACAAUCCCUAAUAGCAGUCUCAGUGGAUUGUAGGUUGAUGGGAAGACAGAAUAUUUGGGCAGCUGGUUCUGUCUUAUGUUUUUUCAUCCUAUAUAUGAUCUAUUAUCCAGACCCCCUAUCAUCAAGGAAGUACAGCCAGAGACAUUGGUUUUCAAAACAAUGUUUUCUCUCCUGAAUGCCCUCAGUGUUUGUGCAUGUGUGAUUGUUUCCCCCUGCCCCCCCCCCGGGCGGAGUUUUAAAUAGGGUAAGAUAUGGCUAGUGCAACUUUGCUUGUAUAUUCAGUCCUGCUCCUUCCUGCUGUUUUCCCCAAAUAUUUUAGUGCUGUUUGUUUCUGAACAAACCAAAUACUGGCCAGAUAAUCUUGAUGUAUAAAGUAUGUUUUCAUAGAAAAAGUUUCCAUUCCAAAGAAAAAGCUGAAAUUGAGCUGUUCGGAUAGAACGAAGAUAAAUCAUUCAUUGCCAUGAAAAUGGCUGCAAAAGGAAGACUUUUUUCCUUUCAACUUCACCCUGCAUGAAUUGAAAGAAAUUUCUGUUGAAUCUCCAGCCCUUUACUAAGGUUUUGUUGUCCAUUGGCUCUAAAUAUUCCACCUUGUAUUUUCUCUUUCUCUUCAGAACAUUAAAGGAUUGAUUGAAUAUGUAAUUCUCACAUAUCUAAAAUGAAAUUUGCUUUGGAAUGAAUACUAACUUGAAAUUGUGAAUUGUAUAUUCACAGUGGAAGCAAAUUGGAGCACAAUUAAAUUUCAGUCAUAAGGAAAAUUCUUAUUUUAAAAAUUUGUAUUUCUAAUACUUUCAGUUGAUUAUUUAAAACAAAAAUGUUCAAUUAGGGACACAGCUGAAUAAAGGAAUCCCUUGCAAUAAUAGUGAGCCAUUUUCACUGUUCCAUCAUUAGGGAAGCUGAGCAUUUUAAAGAUUAUAUUAAGAAUUUAUGUACAUUUAUUACAUUAGAAUGGGAUAAGCACCCCACUAUGCAGUUAACAAAAUCUAUUUUGAUUAAAUAAGAGACUAAGGAAAAAGCUUCUUGUGUAUUCCUCUUUUCUGGUCUCACAGAUAAGAAUCUUUUUGGGCCUAUAUGAGUAGUGGGAUUUCACACUACCCAAAAUUAAAUGUUUGGAGAUUUUACUCUUUCUGGGUGAAAUUCUAAUGCAUCUAGUAACAGCAUCAUCAAGAGAAAUGGUGAUCUGUGUGUAAUUUCCUGCUGCCCUCUUGGUUUGGGAAAAUCUGUUAAAACUAUUAAUUUUUUAAAUCUUAAACAGCCUGUGUGAUACAUUUUAACAUUGUGAGCUAUACGUUAUUUUUUUAUUUCCCUUCCUAAAUAAUUAAAUUAUUAUUUUCCUGAAACAGAAAACCUUCCAAAGAGUUAUUCUUCACACUAUAUCUAGAUAAUCCUUAACCUUCAUUUUUCUGACAUUGACCCCAUAUAUCCAACUGAAAGUGAAAUAACAAUAGUAAUGAAAGCACAAUUGUCUCCCCUUAUGCUGACUCCAGCUGGGUUUGGAUGCCUAGAAUGCACAUUCAGGAAUGCACAUUUAUCUCUGAUAAAAUAAUUUUGGCUUCCUCCUGAUUUAUAUCAUGCCUACUGGAGUAAAGCAUAGAUGCAACUCAUCCUUUAUAGAGCACCAUAGGGAAAUUUCUGUUGGUAUUUCUAUCUGUUUCAAAGUCAUAGCCUUUUUAAGAUUUUGUAGCAGUUUUGUUUUUCAGUAAAGUUACAUAUCAAAGAUACAGCCUAGUUUUACAAAAUGUAAUUGGACUAUAGCUCUUCUGUUUUUAGUGACAGUGCUCAUUCAAGUAACAGCAAUUAUUUAGUGGCCUUUCAGUGGUACCAGAUAGCUCAGAAAUGGGGCCUUUGAUAAACCUUAUAAUUGUCCAUGCUAUGUAAUAUUUUCUGAUGCUUUUUUCUGGAACACCUGCAAAUUGGUACAGUCACAUUUCUAGAUGCAGAAAUAUCUGCACAGAAUAUUAGAGAUCUUUUCUUGAAGAUGUGGCUCAUAAGUUGACUUACAUGGAUAAAAAGCACAACAUUUAAUGCUCACAGUAAAAAAAAUCAAAAAUUCAAAUCACCAAUCUUUAUUUGCAUAUAUAUUCAGGAUAUAGUCCAACAUUAAAUGUUGAGCAAGGCAUAGUGAAACUAUUAUGGCUAAGAGAAGCUGCAUCAGAAAAAUAAAACUGAAAAACAUGAAGGUGGAUUGUAGAAACUAAAGCUUUUUGAUCAAAACAUUCAUAUUUAUUUUGCAUGCUUUUAAGUAUACAUUCACUACAAAGAGGGCUACAAACAUCUCAUUUGUAUAAAUGGGAAACAGGUAAUUUAUGCUCCUCAGAUAUUUUUAAAAGUGUAGCCUUGACAAUCCCUGUCUAUUGGUUUAGCUAAUUUGACUAAGGGAAAAGGAAAUUGCUGCUAAUCCACACAACAGAAUAUAAUAGUAAACCUUUUUAAUAUCUUCACUCUAAAAGUGUAAUUGUCAAUCAUAUUUUUCAUAGCACAAAGAAAUAGGAUGCUACUUCAAAAUCUGGUAAAAAUGAAUCAUGGCAAUGUCUCUAAUAACUUGUUCCUGUUUGAAAAUAAACACCUCAAAGACCAAUAUAUGUUUAUUGCAACUGCAGGAAAUGCAAAGAAUUCAUACACAGGUGAUUAGCAAGCAAAUAUAUGGUCUUAUUUGUAACACUGCUCUUUGUUCUUUAGUUUCUAGAUCUUGUGAGUGCUUUGGAAUUUUUGUGAAUAUGUUUUGGUGAUGUGUAGCUUAUGUACUAGUGUUCACUUGAGCUAGGGUCAUGAUAAGUGGUUUUUUUUAAAAAAAAAAAAACCUAACUCAUCAGAAAAAGAAUAUAAAGACAAGAUUAAGCUGU